ACGACGACGACCACGACGACGACAACAACAACGGCGACGACGUCGCUUAGAAGCCUCCAGCACGAAACCAGCACUGCCGUUUGUUCUCCGAGAUGGCGGACGAAAAGGAGAAGCAGACGUUCCUGCAGAAGCUGCUGUUCUAUACGACCGCGUUCUUCAUCCUCCUCAGCACCUUCAGCCUCUUCGCCUUCCUCUUCUUGGUCCCCUUCGUUAUCGACCCUGCCUUCACCACCAUCUUCAUGCAGUUUAACACUCGACCUGUCGAGUGUAUCACCAUCGACGUUGAAUCUAGAAGAGGUACGAGCAAUUGCUCAUGGACAUCCUGUAGAGAGGGUUGCACUAAGGAGUUGUACGAUUGUACGCAAAUACGCGUCAACUAUAAGCUACCGGAAAACGGAACUGAAGGAUCGGAUGGGGAAGGCGAAGUGGUAGGAGGUGUCGAGGACGACGAAGAGAGUAAGCGGACGAUGUCGCGUUACGAGCGCUCUUUAGGCGAAUACGUCGAGGACCUCGAUGUGAAUCUCGUGGACGACGAAACCGGACUCUUGAAACCUUCCCCUACAGGUUUCAUGGUCAACGACUCCUGGUACUUCACCGGGGCCAAGCUGUUCCCCAACGUAAAAGGCUGUGGAUACCCUCCAAUGCUGAAUUGCAGUAUUUUCUACCGGCAGUACGCCAACAUAGGGCAGAACUUUAGCUGUUACUACUCGAAAGUGGACCCCGGGAUAGUCAUCAGCGACCUCGACAUGUGGCAGGUAUACAUGAACCUUGUGUACGCGAUGGCAAUUCCGAUACCAUCUUUCAUAAUCUCGGUGAUAUACCUCACCAUCGCCUACUUCAAGAUCUACAACGAAGACGAGGAAGUCCUCGUACAUGGCGAAGAGGGUGAGGAAGGGAAGGAAGGGGACGAGGGUGAUGACGGUACACCCUUGCCGCCCACUAGUGGUGCAUUGACGCCCGGAAGUGAAGCCUUCAGGGAGGAUCUAGCGAGCUUCGGGCAUCAACUCAAGGUCGCGAUGGCCGACGACAUCAGCAGGGAAAGUCUAGAUGAGAUUCCCUCGCUUUCUGUUCAGGGAAACUUGAGCAAGACGAUGACGACGAGUAUCUCGACUCCCCCUGGGCCGACAGCGGCAGUCUGAAGCGACAUUUUCAAGGUCUGAAUAAUAUUUCGUGGAGACCACACUGAGCGAUUUUCAUAUAUCGCUUUCGUAAUAAAAAGAAACCAAGAUGUUACAAGACUUGGCUAAAAAGAAGCUGCAUCGACCGAGGGAAGAGCCAAGCUUACCUUUCUCUCUCAGGAUCGAAUUAAAAAUAUUCACCCUCGCGAUUCAUGGAGUGAACCAGAGGCACACUCGGUAUCCCGAGCACAACUCGAAUCGUACGCGAAUACACGGUGAUUAUAGAGGAAAAAUCUUGAUAAAUCUGCCAUUAUCUCUCUCUUUCUCUCUAUUAUAAAUCUGUCCUCGAUUAACAAAAAAAAAAAAAGAGCGCCGAUUACACCUACAGAUAUUACACGACGAUAUUUUGCGACGAACUUUUUCGUAUUCGAUAUAAUAGCUCAAUUGCGUCAAGCCGCGCAUGUAUAUCGUAUAUAAUUCUGUCGCAGCUCGCACACAUCCCCAGAGAGAGAUAUAUCUCAAUUUCUCGUCGAGAGCGCGUAAUCCUCAAGUGCGACGCUUCAAUUGCGCCGAAAAAAGUUCUUCGUUUUCUCGCAAUGUUAAAUUUAAACAAUGUUUGGCACGCGGUAAGCCAUUUAUUCCGCGCGCCGGAAUUGAUUUACCUCGCACGAUGCCUUCUUCGUAGCUUGUCCAAGUGCGGUCCGAAAUCAGCUCGCGUAUAUCUCGUGCCUAUCGCAUUCCGCAAACACGAAGAAUCUGUCCUUACGUCGUAUAUGCAAGCGCGUUCAGCGUUACAUACAGACACACACACACACACACACGAUAUAUUUUUGAGCGAUUUUCCACAGUGAGGCGGCAGGUGAUCGUCCUGCGUGGAGAGGAAAAAUGGAUCUGUCAUUUUGAAAGCAACACAAGUCCAGAGAAGAAAAAUGUUCUAUUCUAAAAAUUCAUGCUACUUCUGAGUAAGAAGAAAAAACAAAGAGAUGCGUAUAUGCGAGAAGAUUAUAAGUGUUAAAAAUUUAUAUGUAUAAUAUACAGAGUAUAUAUAAAAAUUUAUAAAAACGACAGAUUGUAAAUCUGUCUAUCUGUGCGAGUCAUAAAUUUCUAGAUUGAUCGUACCAUUAAUCGAUUCGAUGUCACAAAGUUACGGACGGCUCAUGCUUCUCAAAACGACCGAUACAAGUUUUUGCAACGAAAGUGCACUCCGAGGACAUAAACAGUUCUCUCUCUCUCUCUGGUUCACUCAACGAGACCGAGCGGAGACAUCCGGAGAACACAAAGGAAGGAAGAAUGACGGGAAGAUGCGAGGAUCACCCAAACUCGCAGCAUCACACGCUAUCUGUAUAUAUUAGGGUCACACGAGUUAUCUAUGGAUUAAAAAACUUAAUCAGUAAACAUUAUGAGCUAAACUACCGUUAAACGUUACGAGUAUUAAUCAGGUAAUUUGCUUGCUGUGUGAUCAUGAUGCGUCCACUCUCACCGUGCAUCGUAGACACUUUUAUCAGACCACGACACAUCCGUUCCACUUUUAAACUAAACUUGGCGACACGCUUUUUGCAAGUAUAAAAAAAAACGCGCGAUUCGCAAGAGUCCACCCCCGCACCCCGUUGCGGCCUCGUCCAUAUAUAUAUAUAUAUAUAUAUAUAUAUAUA